UUGACGUUACGUGUUUUUAUUUGGGACAAUUGGAAAGGAGCGAAAACUGAUUUUUUAAUGAUAAAUAUUUAGGUACACGAAAAUCGUAUAACUUUUGUUUCUUCUAUUAUUACUUUAAGCAAGAUGCCUUCGAUGAAAGUGGAAGGAGACAGUGAUGGGGACGGAGAUAUGUCUGGGGGAGAUACGGAAAGAUCCGGAGGUUCGUCUAGAGGCCCUGAUCGUGAUUCUAGCGCAGAGGAGGCCGAUGAACCAGAUUCUGAUGACUCCUCGGAGAUGGACGAAAGCGAGUGUGAGCGUCGGAGAAACGAGUGCCUGGAUAACUUAGCUAACCUGGAGAGGCAGUUCACAGUGCUACGAGAACAACUCUAUAAUGAAAGAAUGAAGCACGUCAAAUAUCAGCUCACUGAAGUCCAAGGUGGAAGAUCACAGGAGUACCUCGGGCCUUUGCGCAGAUUGCAGGAGAAUAUGAGAGUUAGGAUCGAAGUGGCCGGAAUCUUGAAGAAGAUGCGAAUUGAAAACAUCAGACACAAGUAUGACGCUGAAGAGCAAGCCGCGCACCAGAAUUUUCGGAGUGAAAAAUGGCUAACAUACGAGAAAUUGAAAGAGGAAAUACUUGAAAAAAUUAGGAAAAUCGAAGAGGAGAGACACGCAGUCGACCUCUGGCCGUGCGGCGCGGAGUGGGGCCGCAAGAGACGGAGACGGCAGGUGUCAGUGUCGCCGCCCUACGUGGUAUACAUGCUACCGGACUCAGACAUCAUGGAAGAUUGGAGAUUAGUUAGGAAGCUUCUGGAACGGGCUGAAUGAUACGAAUAAUUAAGGGGGUUUCCGGACAUUGUGACAAAGAUAAUUUGAAGUUGGAUUAAAUGUUGACAACUGUAAUCGAAAAAAGUUCGACUGCGCUAAGCAGAGGACAAACUAUGCGGACCUCGUGUCGAAUUACUAUGUUACAUUCAUUCGUAAAACAAUUUUAUAUUUAAAAACACUUAAACUUAUCUUAUAUAUUAUUUAAAGAACCUCAAUAACCUCUUCUAAGGGAAAUAAAAUGGUUGUGAUGCGACGACAAAACAUAUUCUAAAUUUAAAAGAACAAUUAAAACUACGAUCAGAAAACACGAAUUAAUCUAAUGUGUAAUAAGAAGGGCAUCAAAACGAUGUUAGAUGAGACUCCGCUUAGAUUUCAUUUAAGAGGUCAUUAGCUUGAAGUCACCCUGUAUUAAUUGAUGUAUAUUAUAAGAAAUCUGACGGUGAAAUGGCACUUAAACGGUAGAACGGAAACUGGUUAAUAUAAGGGGCUUAAAAACAUAUAAAGUCAUUCGCAGCAAUCUGGACUUCAUUUUAUUUUCAAUAUUGAAUCCUCAACUUGUUAAUAUCCUGAGAAGUAUUCGCAAGAAGAACGUAAAGUUUGUCCUUACUUUACUACAAUAGUUUAGUUAUAGCAAUAUAACUUCAAUUAACAAUUUUGGAUUAGUUAAACUGUUUUGGGCUUAUCGUGUUAAAAGUUUGGAAACCUCUGAUUUAUAAUUAUAUUAUAUUGAUUUUAAGAUGUAUAAAAUUAUACUAUGCAUAAUUAUUUAAUAUGUUUUAGCACCGGUAAGUUUCCUGGAAAUAAUAUCUGGUAUAGGAACCUGCGUUGUGUGAUUAUGUUAUAUACUUGUACCAUUUUUAAUUGAUUAGUAAAUUUUAAUAAUUUUAAAAUUGUGAAUAUGUUUUGAUUGGUGUGUGUGGGUAUUGCUUUACUGGAAACUUUAACAAUUAAAAAUAUUAAUUAAAAGUGUCUUGUUGUAUUACAUUUUUGUAAUCAACAAGGUUUUAAUUUACUGAUAAUUAUCUUUUUUUUUUAUUACCAAUAAAGUACAUAUUUUUAUACCGUAAAGUUAGGAUUUCUAGAUACGAUUUUUCUCUUAGUAUAUCCUUGUGAUUGUAAUAUAUCAAAAUCGUAUAGCGUAUUAGUGAUGUUAAAAACAAACAAUCGAUAAUUUAUCGAUAAUGUCGACUAUCGAAAAUCGUUACGCUUAAUAAUAUUUAAUUAUCAACACUUUUCUCCUUUUUGCCCAACAUAUUUUCUAAUGUAUAGUAAUAAAAGAUAAGGAUAGAUAGAUAAAGUUAGAAUAUAGAUUUAUAUAUACUGUGUAAUAUUUUGUCAAGUACCUAAUUGCUAAAGCGAACUAAGUUGAGGAAAUUCCAUAUGUAUGUAAUGUCAUUUUAUGUAACGCUCGAUUUACAUAAUAACUUAAUUAGAAAAACUACAAAAUAUAAUAUUUUUGUGUUUGAUUUAUGUACUAUGUAGCGUACAUAGCUUUACGAUAAAUUAUCGCGUGGAUUUCACAAAAAAAAACCGCUUGAAACGAUUAUUGUAUAAAGGAAGGAAAACUGCAGGCCAAUUCACUACACACGCAACCAUACAUAUAAUUCCAACACAUGAAGGCAAUAAUUCGCUUGAAAAUAAAUCAAUAUUUGCAGUCGUACUUUAACAUAUUAAAUCAGGAUUGUUUUUAAAACAAAAACAACAAAAGUGUUGAGUAAUUAAUAAUUGAAGUGAAGUGAGUGUGAAAGUGAAGUUUUUAUAUAAGUGGGAAGGAUGAUUUUUUAUUGGGUCACUAGAUUGACAUUGAUCACGUUAUUAACACUGUCGUCGCGAAUUAUGAGGCUAAAGUUACUUGACAAAAUAAAAAAAAUAUCGAUAUCGAUUUACGUCACUAACAUUCUAAAGACUCCACCUUAUGGUAUGUUUAUAUAUAAUUGGAAUGCGGCAAUAGACAUUUUUAAUAAUUUACCUUUUUUUUAAUAUAUCUGAAACGGAGGCCUAGUUCAAACCAGGGCAAGCGUCGCUGUGUUUUUCAUUUCACUUUACUUUUGAAUAUUUCUUAACUAUAUCUACUAGAUUUGUUAUAAUAUAUUUUCAUUUAAAAUCCUUGUGUGUCGGUGAAUAAAGAGGUUGAAAUUUGA